AUGUUCAAUACACACAACGACCUCAGUGUCGAGGAGAAGCAGGUAUACGAUGCCACUGUGCAAGAUGUGCCCAGCGAUGGUGCCUCCUCAAUCGACACCAUCACUGCUCUUGUAAACGAAGACCACGCACACGAAAUCCAACUCCGAACCAUGUCAUGGCAAAAAGCAGCCUGGCUCCUCUGCGGCGACCAAGUCUGUCUAGCCAUCAUGGCACAAUCCUGGUCCUUGUCAGUUCUCGGCUGGGUCCCCGGAAUCAUCACCAUGCUCAUCGCUGGAAUCCUCUUUUACAUCACAAGUCUCACCAUGCACAAAUUCAUCAUGAAGAACCCACACAUCAAAGACAUUUGCGACUUUGGCUACGAGAUCUUUGGGAAGUCGAGGAUUGCUUAUGAGUUUACUGGAUUCAUGCUUUUGGCCAACAAUAUCCUUCUUAUUGGUUUCCACGUCCUUACAGGAGCAAAGAUUUUGAACACACUAAGUGAUCACAGUAUGUGUACUGUAAUCUUCAGUGUCAUUGUCACAAUCAUGGGAGUCAUCAUGUCGGUGCCUCGUACACUUAAACAUGUCUCUUUUAUGAGUAUGUUUAGUGCUUCGUGCAUGGGUAUUGCUAUCCUCCUCUUCUUGGUCUUUGUGGGCAUUGAAGAUGCACCUGGGUACGGGUAUUCUGGUGUUUACCCCAAGGCUGGCCCUGUCAAGACUUAUGCUUUCCCGCCUGCUGGUACCACUUGGGUUGCUUGUAUGAAUGCUGUGUUGAACAUCACUUUCCUCUGGGUACCUCAAAUCCUCUUCCCAAGUUUCAUCGCCGAGAUGGAGAGGCCUCAGGAUUUCCCCAAGGCUUUGACUGUUCUGGCUGGUAUCUCUGGAUUCUUGUUCAUCGUUCCCCCUGCCAUCGGCUUCAGAUAUCUCGGUCAAUACGCCACUGCACCUGCAUUUGGAAGUCUUGGAGUCGUAGCUUACAAGAAGGCAUCAUUCGCUUUCGUCAUUGUACCCACUCUGGUCAUUGGUGUGAUCUACGCCAAUGUCUCUGCCAAAUUCGUCUACUUCCGCAUCAUGGGCAAGUCGCGCCAUGCCCACAGCAACACCGUCAUCGGCUGGGGUGUCUGGGUGCUCGUCAUGAUCGGCAUCUGGCUCAUCGCCUUUAUCUUCUCCGAGAUUGUGCCCAGCAUGGGUGAUUUCUUGUCACUGUUGGGUGCUGCUUUUGACUCUUUCUUCGGCUUCAUCUUCUUUGCCGUUGCAUACUGGCAGAUGUACAGUGGGAAGCUGUUCAGCAGUGCUUCGAGAAGCGUCAUGACUGUUGUUCAUGUGUUUGUCAUGAUCUGCGGAUUGUUCCUCUUGGGACCUGGCUUGUAUGCUGCUGUCGAGGCCAUCAUUGAUGAUUAUGCCGGCAGCACUCGGCCUGCGUUUGCGUGUGCCAACCUGUCAAUCUAG